AUUAAUAAGAUUUUAAUAGUAUAUUAUUCUCCGGAAGAGAUUUUCAUAAGACCAUGUCAACUGUGAAAGGAAAAACUGGGGAGAAGUCCGAAGGAAGAAAGACCAAGGGACAAGGACCAAAUGGAAUAAAAGGAUGUUGCUGCAAGAAAUCGCAAUGCAUAAAGAACUAUUGCGAUUGCUAUCAGUCCAUGGCGAUUUGCUCAAAGUUUUGUCGCUGCGUUGGUUGCAGGAACACUGAGGUCCGUAAGGCUGUCGACUCCGCCUCCGGCUCCAAAAACUCCAGCGCGGCGAAACGGGAAAAGGCAGCUGCCCUGAGUGCAAAAGCAGCAGCUGCAGCGGCCAAGGCGGGCAUCCAAGUCCAGAUAAAGGGAGUCCCAGCAGGAGGAUCGGGAGCAGGACUACCAGGAAAAGCACAGGCAGUACCAUUUGGACUCGUGGCUGGGAAACAGCCGACGGCUGCUCCCAUAAGCAUCACUAUUCCCCGUCCUCCGGCGGCUACUUCUACUCCAGCCAGGGUAGUAAAGCCGCCUGUGGAACCUAUUCCAGUUUCGCCAAUCUUUCCGGUAUUUCAAGAUGAUCGAAAGGAGCGUAACCUUUUUGUCCAACCGGUAAACGCCGCUCUACUGGAAUGCAUGCUCAUCCAGGCGACUGAAGCUGAACAAUUAGGAUUCAACGAACUCCAAGUUGGCCAAUUGGUGUUAGCGGAAUUCAUACGCGGAUAUAGGGAGAUCUUGGAAAAAAUCUGUGAAUAUAAUUGA